AUGCCUGCACAUUUCUCAACGAAAUCAACGAUUGUGACCGACUUUUCGCAAAACUCCAAUACAUUUUCAACAGCAAACUCACCAGACCUUUCAACGCUAGAUUCAGCCGAAGUAAUGAUAUCGAGCGCGUCCAGCCAGGAAGUCUCUGUCGUGACCCCUUUUUUGGUCAAGCACAUCAGCGAUCAAAAUAUGAUUCCAAAGGACAACUUUCACAAGUAUUGUUAUCGACAUAACCCCGAUAUCAUCUGCAACAAGCGCACAGACGAAGUCAAGAUGAAGCACAUUCAAAACAAGUUGGAGAAUUUGCCAAAUAGAGACCAGCGAGCCAUUAGCCAUGUGUGGUCGAUUUUCAGUGCCGCUCCCGUGCACCACAGGCAGUUGAUGUUGCAAGGUUUACUUACCCAGUGCUGUUUCCCUCAGUUGUCUUUCAUAUCGCAAGAAGUCGCGACCUUGAUCAAGAUUGAUUUCAUUUCCAUCUUGCCCCAAGAGAUCUCCUUGAAGAUUUUAUGCUAUUUGGACUGCAACAGCUUGUGCAAUGCAGCUCAAGUCUCUAGGAAAUGGAAGAGUUUGGCCGAUGACGACCGAGUAUGGCACCACAUGUGCGAACAGCACAUUGACCGGAAAUGCCCCAACUGUGGCUGGGGGUUACCCUUGAUGCACAUGAAGCGUGCAAGAGAAAUGGCCGAGGAGGAUAUCAAACCCAUACGACGUGCAGAGGACGAAGCAGUGGAAGAAGGCGAGGCACAUACACAUACACAGACUCAGUCUCAGACACAUGGUGAAGGAGGAAACAGCACUUUGUUGCAAAGACGCUUGUCGCUGGCACUGGAUGAGCCAGCGCGGAAAAAGCAAAGGUCUGAUAGCAGAUCUUCCACUGAUAAUCCCUCACCACUACUCAAGAAACGGCCAUGGAAAGCCGUUUAUUCUGAACGAUUCAAGUUGGAAAAAAACUGGAGAAAGGGAGUCCAUACCGUCAAGUCAUUUGUCGGCCACACCGAUGGAGUAACAUGUCUCCAGUUCAAUAGGAAAUAUCUCAUGACUGGCUCAUACGAUACAACCAUCAAGAUUUGGAAAAUCGAAUCUGGAGAAUGCGUCAAGACUUUACGUGGACACACAAAGGGCGUGCGUUCCUUGGUAUUUGACAAUCAAAAGUUGAUCACGGGAGGAUUGGACUCCACUAUCAAAGUUUGGAACUAUCACACGGGCCAAUGCAUCGCUACUUAUCGUGGCCACGACGAUGCCGUCGUUUGUGUCGAUUUUUCCAACAAGACCAUUGUGUCAGGAUCGGCCGACCACACCGUGCGUGUAUGGCACGUUGACUCGAGAACCUGCUACACGUUGCGCGGCCACACAGACUGGGUCAACUGUGUCAAAAUCCAUCCUAGUUCCAAUACCAUUUUCAGUGCUAGUGACGAUACAACUAUCCGAAUGUGGGACAUGAAUACCAACCAGUGUCUCAAGAUUUUUGGCGGGUUGGACAAUAAUGGCCAUAUAGGCCAAGUCCAAUGUGUCAUUCCACUAACUUAUAAAGAAGACUUUAUUGAGGAUGCAAGUGAGACGGAAGAAGAAGCGCCGAAUGUCGAUGACAAUGGCACCACCAGCAGCGCCACGGCUCCAUCUCGUCAAUCGGCUCCAACUGCUGCAUCUGCUUCAUCCUGUACCACCUCAGGCUCGUUACCUACACAUUUACUUACAUCCUCAUUGGACAACACAAUCAAGUUGUGGGAUGUGUCAACUGGGAAAUGCAUUCGCACACAAUUUGGCCACAUUGAAGGUGUAUGGUCGAUAGCUGCUGAUACGUUUAGAAUAGUCAGCGGUGCUCAUGACCGGUUGAUCAAAGUGUGGGACUUGCAAAAUGGCAAGUGCUUGCAUACGUUUGGCAACAGUUCCAGUGUCUCUUGUGUUGGACUCAGCGAUUCGAGGUUUGUUGCAGGUAUGGAGAACGGAGAAGUCAAAAUGUACUGCUUUGACUAA